AUGGAUAGCCCAUCGCGAUUGAACCCUGGUAAGACUCCAUCCCCCUGCCCCCCGGGAGCUUUGCGACAGUUUGUCGGCAUGCUGAUUCAUCCGCAUAGAAACGUCGUGGCUCAAUGGCCCUUCUCCAGUGACAGGAACACCUGGCGGAACACCGAAAAACGCAAGAUCACGGGCAGGGUGAUGCUGACGAUACUUGGGGGCGCGACAGGGACUCCGGAACCCAGCACCACGCCUCUAGUUAAUCCUUCUUCGGCCUUGUUACAAGACCUUCUCCGAGAGCAACGGGCAACUAGAGCUUCGCGGGGUCCGGCACCGGACGAGUAUGCCGAGUAUAUGCCUCAUACACCGGAGCGCUCUCAGUCCCAAUCGCAAGCUCAGGAAGAUGCAGGUUCCGAAAAACAGCGCAAGGUCAACAGCGCAUUGUCGGCCGGCCAUAAGCAGCCACGUGAGAUGGGAAUCAGAGAGAUGGACCAGUAUAUCUCCAAAAUUAAUAAGCAGAACUUUGACCUGAAGCUGGAUAUAUUUCAUCGCGCACAGCAAAUGGCCGUCUUGGAAAAGAAGCUAGAACGCAUGCAGCAAUUGGAGGAGGAGGCCCAACGUACUCACGGUCUCGAGGAGGAGUUGCAAGAGCUUCGAGGCGUUGAAGAGGAUAAUCAGAGGCUCCGUGAAUCCAAUGAACAGCUCCGACAAGAAAUCGACAAGCGAGACCAGGCAGUCACCGAGGCCGUGGAAUUGAUCUGCCAACUCGAAGCAAAAAUUGAAGAGCUGGAGACUACUCACUCCUCUAGGCCUACAACAGCUCGUCCACCCACCAUCGACGGGUCAGAGGUCGCUACUCCCAGAGCCUGCGUGACUCCUGAUAUUCCGGAAAGAUCUUCCUCGAGGAACGCCAUCACACUUGGCGAUCAGCGCCGGGUCUCCUCAGGAAGUCGCUCUCUCUCCAGGGCUCCCUCAUUCCUCCGCGAAGAGCACCACAGUACCGCAGCCUUACGAAGUCUAUACAUUACUUCCGAGAGCCACCCACGCCCCGCGAGAAGUGCGAUGACUCAAAGUGAGAGCAUGAACUCAGUAACGGAAGCCACUGAAGCAGAGUCGCCGAGAUUGAGUGCCUUAAGCGAAUGCAGCGAACUCAUGCCUUAUGACACUUCGAAAGACCUACCUGUGUUCGAUCAAAUUCAGCUUCCUGUGCUCGAGGAGACUAUCAUCACAAAAAAUACGGCCUCAUAUGGACCAGACACUAAGAAGCCACCAAGUAAACAUGCCCGACGCUCUGGCUGGCACCAGACACAGCUCGAGUCCCUGUCCAAGACCGAUACCAAGAAAGGAAAGGAUCAGGGGCGCACAGUAACACUGAAAACAACCCAAACCUUGCCAUUCGAUAAUGAUAUUUUCUUGCACGGACACAACCAGAAGACGCGGCUUGAGAAUGUUUUCGGAAGUUCAAGAUUGCCUCCUACUCCAGAUACGAUGAGUACGGCAUGUGCUACGACGACAAACAGAUCCAAUAGCAGUAACGCUGCGGAGAAGGCCCAGCCCGCUCAGCCCUCUCCAGCUCGACGAAAGCUUCACCGUCCUCGAUCUGCGGACGAGAUGACCACAAGACGAAGCUCCAUCAACGACGCCGUUCUCCCGAGUUUAAAUCCUAACUUGAGUGACGUGACUCUCCCCCGUCCCAGCGUUGACGAGGAUGAAGAGACCCCCGUUAUGUUUCCCUUGAACGGCAUCCCAUCCAAGACCAGUUAUUUUCUGGGACAGCGGUCAUCGAGACGAGGUAUGGCGUACUUUCGUGAUGUUGAUGAUGUGCUUUUCAAUCCCGUGGGUAUCGAAAGAGUCAUUUCAAAGAUGGAAAAGGACCAUUAUUCUCCGCCAGCCUCACUGGGUGAACGGACAGCGGCGGCCAUGGCGGCUCUGUCACCUCCCUUGACACCCGAAGACUGGAUCGAGGCGGCCAAGCCAGGUCCUCGUCCCACGAAGAAACGACCUUCCGCGAGAGCGCGCAACGGUGCCGCACCGGAGCAUCCUGAGACUACCGGGGCACGAGCCCCAAGUCAAUCUGCAUUCCUCGCCCGUCGCCACAGUGUCGACUCUACUAUCAGAAACCCUUCUGUUUCAGCAUUGCCGGCACUUGCAUUGAGCAGGAAUCCGCAGCCGCCAGCACAUGAAGAACGGGAUCAGCGACGACGAGUUCAUCUUCGACCGCCAUUUCUGGAUCGUCUGACGCAACCACGUCGUUUGCAGCCAUCUCCAAUCACCGACUCAGAGGAUAGUGGCGAUGGUGCACCAUCUCCCGUCAUCCGCAAGAACAGGCCUAUUCGCUCUCCAAAGCCGCUACGGACGACUCAGGACGGGCUGGCAACUGUACGCGGCCAUGGAGAGCUUUGUGUCUUUGCACUGAAGGAUGGAGAUGGCAAGAGUACGAAUGCUCCUCAAAAGACUCUCCCUCAUUCCUUGACAGAAUCAAACUUCCGGACCCACGCGUCGACUAUGCGGCCUUCCACCUCCGGUGGUAAGGAGCACAAGAGGCGUAGUUCUCUCAGCAUCUUUGGCUGGAUGAAGGGCGGAAUCGGAUCUCACAGGAAGGCGGGAAUCGAUAAUUCGGGGACUAUUCAGAUUGUUGGCAAGGAACGACCGUCGUCUCGAUGGGCUCGUGAGACUCCGGGCACCAUAUCCGAGACAGAAAAGAGUGACGGGACAGAUACCAGUGCUCAGAACUCCUCGUCCACCAUGAGGCACAAGCAUGGAAAGGAGGACGACAAUUCCGUACGGCGACCACGCUAUGUCGAGCGGAGGCCCCGUCGGUCCUAA